CUUCAUCCCCCGAGGGAUUUGAUUUUACAGAGGUAUGCCAGUGCCUGAGGUGGCGUCUGACAGUUCCAGCACCGCCACCAUGUUGAGCCCCGUCCUCAAUACCUCCAAUGGAGACGGUUCAGAGUCUGAAACCACCUCUGCCAUCCUCGCCUCCGUCAAAGAGCAGGAGUUGCAGUUUGAACGUCUGACCAGGGAGCUGGAAGCCGAACGACAGAUUGUUGCCAGUCAGCUGGAGAGAUGCAAGCUUGGCUCUGAGACUGGAAGCAUGACUAGCAUCAGCUCAGCAGAUGAGAAGUUUCGCUGGAACCACCAAGAUGGACAGAAGGACAUAGAGGAAGAGCUGACGACGGGCCUGGAGCUGGUGGACUCGUGCAUUAGAUCCCUGCAGGAAUCGGGCAUCUUGGACUCCCAAGACACUUGUACAGGCGACAGACUGCUGUCUCAAAGUGCUCUGCAGCUUAACAGUCAGGAUGCCUAUGCUGUGGCUGGUUACCACAGUAGUCAAGGGUUGGCACUUGGGGAAACUGUUUCAGGCCGUGGCGGUCAGUUUGGAGGGGCUGUUCACAGCUACAACCAGGUGACAUCCAGCCGUGCAGCUGCCCAGUUAGUGAGCACAGACCCUCCCUCACAGUCCCAGCGAGACUCAUUUGCCCAGCAGACCCUUGGCAGCACCUUACACAUGUCCAAUGAGGGCGGCUCUGCGCUUGCUGGACCUUCCAUGUAUUACUCCUGCGCCACUUUGCCUGCACAGCGUGUGAGCUCCCCUCUGCAGGCAGUGGGAUCCCCGACCAAGCUGCAGCGCCUCGGAACAGCCUCGGCUGACAUGCCCAGCUACGCCACGCUGCAGAGAGUGUCUUCGCCCAAACAUUCGCCCAGCCGACUCGCAAAAUCCUACAGCACUUCAUCGCCCAUCAAUAUGGUAGCAUCAGGUGCUGCCAGUUCGUCCUCCCCGCUUUCUACGGCCGCCUCCCCUGGGGGAAACCAUACCUCGUCGCCCCUCCACCAGCUCAGCUCAGCGGUGGGAAGCUACGCCACGCUGUCACCCACUAAGCGCAUGCUGCAUCAUAUCGGAGACGGCUAUAAGAUCUCUCACGAGCUCUACGCUAACGCAACCCUGAAACGGCCGGGUAGCCUGGCAGGCUCCAGAGGUUCCUACAGUAGCCAGCACACUCAUCUGGGCGCUGAACUUCGACCCCUUCAGUCCCCUGAACACCACAUCGACCCCAUCUAUGAAGACAGAGUCUACACUAAACCCAACCUGAGAGGACAAGCCCCAUCCUCCCCCGGUGUUGAUCCAAUCCCCUUGCAGCGAACGGGAAGUCAGAGCACCGCCGCCACUUUUCAGAGAGGCAGCUUUGCCACAGGAAGUGGUGUGGCUGACUACGCCAACCCAUACCGCACUCUGCAGUUCUGUCCAUCGACCGAGUCGCCUUACAGCAAAUCGGGCCCUGCCCUUCCACCUGAGGCUGCUCUGGGCCGGUCUCCAUCAGUAGACAGCAUCCAAAAGGACCCAAGGUACGACCCUGAAUUCCUUGUGUGGAAUCAAAAUCAAGCCGAGCAAAGAAUGACAAAGGAGUUUGGCUGGAGGGAUCCCGAGCUGCCAGAGGUGAUCCAGAUGCUGCAGCAUCAGUUCCCGUCAGUCCAGUCGAACGCUGCUGCCUACCUCCAACAUCUCUGCUUCGGAGACAACAAGAUCAAAUCGGAGAUACGAAGGCAAGGUGGAAUCCAGCUGCUGGUGGACCUGUUGGACCACCGAAUGACAGAUGUGCACCGCAGUGCCUGCGGAGCCCUGAGGAACCUGGUAUACGGCAAAGCAAAUGACGACAACAAGAUCGCCCUGAAGAACUGCGGAGGUAUCCCCGCUCUGGUCCGGCUGCUCAGGAAAACUACAGAUGUGGAGAUCCGAGAGCUGCUCACAGGUGUUUUGUGGAACCUGUCGUCAUGUGACGCUCUGAAGAUGCCCAUCAUCCAGGACGCCCUGGCUGUGCUGACCAACGCUGUGAUCAUCCCACACUCCGGCUGGGACACGUCUCCGCACACGCAGGAGGAUCGGAAGCUGCACCUACACUCCUCACAGGUCCUCCGCAACGCCACGGGCUGCCUCCGGAAUGUAAGUUCUGCUGGAGAGGAGGCUCGGAGGAGGAUGAGGGAGUGUGAGGGUUUAACCGACGCUCUGCUCUACGUCAUCCAGACCGCUCUGGGAAGCAGCGAGAUUGACAGCAAGACUGUGGAGAACUGUGUGUGCAUCCUGAGGAACUUGUCGUACCGCCUGGCUGCAGAGACGUCUCACAGCCAGCAGGGCGGGUCUGAAGAGCUGGACGGUCUGUUAUGUGACACUGGAGGCAAGGACGCAGAGAGUUCGGGCUGUUGGGGGAAGAAGAAGAAGAAAAAGAAGGGACAUGACCAGUGGGACGGCAUCGGCCCAUUUCCAGACUUGGCCGAGCCCCCAAAAGGUAUCCAGAUGUUAUGGCACCCCACCAUUGUCAAGCCCUACCUCACGCUGCUGUCUGAGUGCUCCAAUCCAGACACCCUGGAGGGAGCAGCUGGGGCUCUGCAGAACCUGGCUGCUGGCAGCUGGAAGUGGUCCAUCUACAUCCGAGCUGCAGUGCGCAAAGAGAAAGGUCUGCCCAUCCUGGUGGAGUUACUGAGGAUAGACAACGACCGGGUCGUCUGUGCCGUGGCCACCGCCCUGAGGAACAUGGCGCUGGAUAUAAGAAACAAGGAGCUCAUUGGUAAAUACGCCAUGAGGGACCUGGUGCACCGUUUACCCGGAGGCAGCAACAACAACAACACCAGCAGCAGUGGAGGGGGCACCAACAGCAACAGCCUGGUGGGGAAGACCAUGUCGGAUGACACCAUCACGGCGAUCUGCUGCGCAUUACAUGAGGUCAUCACAAAGAACAUGGAGAACACCAAGGCCCUGAGGGACGCCGGUGGCAUCGAGAAGCUCAUCGGCGUUGCCCGCAGCAAGGGAGACAAACAUAGUCCUAAAGUGGUGAAAGCAGCAUCUCAAGUCCUGAACAGCAUGUGGCAGUACAGGGACCUGCGCAGCCUUUACAAAAAGGACGGUUACUCUCAGUACCAUUUCGUUGGCUCCUCCUCCACGAUAGAGCGAGACAGGCAGCGACCUUAUUCUUCCUCUCGCACUCCCUCCAUUUCUCCGGUACGGACCUCCCCCAACAAUCGAUCAGCAAGUGCUCCUGCCUCCCCCAGAGAGAUGAUGGCAUUGAAGGAGAGAAAGGCAGACUAUGAAUCAACUGCCAAUGCCAGUUUCCAUGGCAACAAGGGCGAGCACACAUCCCGGAAGGACGCCAUGGCGGGUCAGAUCACUGGUGGGUCUUCAACGCUGCACCGAGGAGCGUACGUGUCUCCCACCGAAGAUCUCAAAUAUAACCAGAUCUCUUCUCAAGGCUUGCCGUCAGAACCCUACCCUCCAUUCCAAAACCCUCCUCCACCCGACAACGGCAACUACGAGGACCAGGCCUUCUAUGAGAACCAGGUUCAUGCCGGAGGUCGACCCCCACAGGGCGAUCUUAAUAUGCACCUGCAGGGCCUCAAGUCCACUGGGAACUAUGUAGACUUCUACUCAGCCUCACGGCCUUACAGUGAGCUGAACUACGAGACCAGCCACUACCCAGCCUCACCAGACUCCUGGGUCUGAAGGGACACGAGUGGAGGAGGGGGAGGAGGGGGAAGGACAGGACGAACAAUGGCAAACAAAACAGAGGUGUAAGGCUUGAAUGAGCUAAGAGGACAGUUUAUCUCCCUCCUCAUCCUCCCCGCUGUAGUUUCUGUGUAGCAUUUUAGAUAUGACAAAAAAGAGGGGAGGGUGGAGCACAAGAAAAGUAGACACGGGGACAGGACAUAACGUUCUUCUCAGAAAUACCUAGGACGUUCUGAGACGGGGAAACAACGGAGCAGAAGCAACCGGAGAGCGACCACGCAUGUGCAUGCACGCCACCAAAGGAUCUGACAGACACGUUUUGUUUCUGUGUUAAGUUCAAGGUCAAAAAAACGGAGAAGAGCAGAAAGACGCCAGGGCCUCUGAAGGCUUUUGGAAGUAAAAUGUAAGAGGUGAGGGGGAUGAAGAACGCAGAGGAGGAACUUGGUGGCAUAAACAAGUUCAGAAUCUAACAGGGAGAUGAAAGAGCAGCAUGGAUCGGUGGACUCCGAUGGGACGUUGUGUAAAGGAAGAUAAAACGAGGAAUGUGUCAGAGGUGCCUGGUUACAACCUGUAAAUAUGUGGUAUAGCAACGUGGCUUGUAGUAACGUGAAGCACAAGAAGCAGAGAGCUGAAGGACUCGCAGUACAUCACCUGGACCUUUGGUUUCUCUUCACGGCUUCAGCACGCCGUCCUCUGGACAGAGAACGCUUCUGGACUUUUGACCAUUUGUAACACUUGGUUUUUUUUCUUCCUCUUUCUUUGGUUGUGUUUUUACUUUUUUAAAACUGGUUGUAUAGUAUUUGAUGUACAUUUACAGAGAUGCAUUGUGGUACCGUACAUUGCACUAUUUUCUGUGUCAUGUUUGGCCUUUUGUCUCACCUCCUCACCUAACAUCAUGCACUCGAAGCUCACGUCACUUCAUCUUUAAUGUGAAACACUGGAUUUGAAUUGUUGGGUCACGGUGCUCCUUUCACCGCUAGUAGAUGGUACGGCUACGAAGAAGCUGCUUGCUU